AUGACGACCAUACAAGAAAUGCGGAAGCUGGUGGAAGCCAAGGUACAGACAAUGAUUCGCCCGAAUCCAAAACCAAAAGAGCAAAAUGGGACUGUGGAGACAAAGAAAGAAGAAGAAGAGAAAUUUGAGUCCACUUACAAACAGAUGGAAAAUCCUCUGAUCACUCCAAGUUCAUUUGGUAAACGCCCAAUUUAUUCUAAAGUAGAUAUCAAUUGUGAUAAAUGGUUGAUGACGCUAGAUGAAGAAUCGCGGCUGAAGAUCGACAACCCACCGUCGUUAGCGGAUGGGCUCUCCAAAGAAUUAGAAGCUGAGAUUCGAUAUCUAGGAUGUGAGCUGAUCCAACAAGGAGCGAUUCUGUUGAAGCUUCCUCAAACAGCGGCUGCAACGGGUCAAAUUCUUUUCCAGCGUUACUUUUAUCAGAAGAGUUUCGUAAGGUAUCAUUUUGAGCAUGCCGUUCAAGCAUGUCUCCUUCUUGCCUCAAAAAUUGAAGAAGAGCCACGACGGCCACGGGAUGUUUACAAUGUAUUUCAUCGUCUCGAAGAGCUACAUCGAUUGCAACAGAGUGGACAUGAAAUCAACAAGCGGCUCGAAGCCAAUCGUGGAUCAUCUAUCCCUCAAUGCUAUGGCUGA